AUGGAUUUUGAUGAGUUGUUGAAUUUGGAACAAGAGUUCUAUCAAGAAGGGUACGAGGAAGGCAGGAAUGAAAAUCUUAAACAUAAUCUACUUGAAGGUAAACAGUAUGGGUUGCAGGUGGGGUUUCAAAGGUUUCAACUUUUAGGAAUCAUAUAUGGGAUAAGUGACGUGCUGAUACAAAAAUUCGACGACGCAGCUUUACAGAAGAAUGCGAAGGUAAUAAAAGACCUUAUUGAAGAAAUCCAGAUGGAUAAUAAUCAGGAAAAUGUGGCCAUAUAUGAGAAAAGUAUAUUCAAGAUACGGAACAAAUUUAGGUUGGUGCUAAUGAGUUUACACAAAAACAUUUCAUCAAUUGAUUCUUCAUCUGAUAGAUUAACGUUAGAAAAGAUAGAAAGUUUGUCAAGAGAGAUAGCUGGAAAACUUCAUGGUUACACGGAAGACGAUUCGGGGAGCAAUAAUGAAACUAUGAUGCAAGACCAAACCACGGAUUGGUAA